AUGUUGGAGAAGAACCAAACCGUAGUCACAGAAUUUCUGCUUCUGGGAUUUGGAAAUCUCCAUGAACUCAGAAUUUUACUUUUUGUCCUUUGUUUGGUCAUCCACAUCAAUGCCGUAACAGGGAAUGUUCUUGUCAUCGUCUUGGUUUUGGUCAACCAGAGUCUCCACUUUCCCAUGUACUUCUUUCUCAGCCAACUGUCCUUGUCGGAAAUCCUCUUCACUACCAACAUUGUGCCCAGCAUGUUAUGGCUGAUACUGGUCGGCUGUGGGAGAGUAUCGGUUAACAGAUGUAUAUCUCAGCUGUUUUUAUUAGGUGUCCCCACCAUUAAUCAAUGUUUGUUGUUGGCUGCGAUGUCCUUUGAUCGACAUGUGGCCAUCUGCAAACCAUUACAUUACACCAUCAUCAUGACCUUCAAACUUCAAGUUCAGAUGUCUCUCUCCUGCUGGUUGGUGGGCUUUACAUUCUCAUUUGUAAUAUAUAUUCUUUUAGAUAGGUUGGAGUUCUGCGGCCCGAAUAUUAUCAAUCACUUCUACUGUGACAUUGCUCCAGUGGUAGAACUUUCAUGUUCGGACACUUCCGUUGUUAUGUUGGUCACUUCUCUUCUAUCUUUCCCUGUUGUCAUUUCUCCAUUUAUCUUCAUUUUGGUCACUUACAUCUCCAUCCUUAGCACCAUCUUGAAGAUCCCGUCCAACACCGGGAGGCAGAAGGCCUUCUCUACCUGCAGUUCCCACCUGACCGUUGCUUGUCUUUAUUAUGGAACUUUGUCCUUCCUUUAUAUUUUCCCACCAAGCAACAACUCUGUUAAUGUCAACAAAGGUCUGUCUUUGCUUUACACCCUACUGACACCGUUGUUUAACCCUCUGAUCUACAGCCUGAGAAAUCAUGAUAUUCGGAAAGCCAUUAACAGACAUAUUAAACAGUGGACUAAAUAUCCAAUUAGGUAG